CAAGGGACCUCCACAGAACCCACCAGCACCCAACUGACCUCCACAGGACCCACCAGCACCCAACUGACCUCCACAGCACCCACCAGCACCCAAGUGACCUCCACAGGACCCACCAGCACCCAACUGACCUCCACAACACCAAUGACCAGCCAAGAGACCUCCACCACUGUCUCCUCCACCCAAGAAACCUCCUCAGCCAUCUCCACCACCUCAGGACCCUCUUCCACAACCUUCUCCACUGGAAUCACCUCCACCACUGUCACCUCCAUGUUGGUACCCACGACGUCCACAGAAGAAACCCAAACCACCACCCAAGUGACCUCUACAGGAUCCACCACCCAACUGACCUCCAUGGCCAUCCCCACCACCUCUGGACUCUCCACCAUCUUCUCUACAACUGGAGCCACCUCCACCACUGUCACCUCCACUGAGGUCACCUCCAUGUCUGUAUCCACCACAUCAUCCGAAAUGACCACCACAGCACCCACCAGCACCCAGAAGACCACAGCACUGACCACCAGCACCCAGGUGAGCUCCACAGCACCCAGCACCUCAGGAGCCCCCUCCACAACCUUCACCACCACUGGAGCCACCUCCACUGUCCCCUCCACUGAGAUCACCUCCACGUUGAUAUCCACCACUGCAACAGAAGAGACCUCAACAGCACCCACCAGCACCCAACUGACCUCCACAGCACCCACCAGCACCCAAGGGACCUCCACAGAACCCACCAGCACCCAACUGACCUCCACAGAACCCACCAGCACCCAACUGACCUCCACAGCACCCACCAGCACCCAACUGACCUCCACAGAACCCACCAGCACCCAACUGACCUCCACAGAACCCACCAGCACCCAACUGACCUCCACAGAACCCACCAGCACCCAAGUGACCUCCAAAGGACCCACCAGCACCCAACUGAUCUCUAUAUCACCCACUAGCACCCAACUGACCUCCACUACAUCUACCACCCAAUUGACAUUCACAUCACCCACUAGCACCCAACUGAUCUCCACGGAUGUCUCCACCACCUCAGGACCCUCCUCCACAACCUUCUCCUCCACUGGAGCCACCACUGUCACCUCCACUGAGGUCACCUCGAUGUUGGUACCCACGACGUCCACAGAAAAGACCUCAACAGUGACUCAAACCACCAGCCAAGUGACCUCUGCAGGACCCACCAGCACCCAACUGACCUCCACAGCACCCACCAGCACCCAACUGACCUCCACAGCACCCACCAGCACCCAACUGACCUCCACAGAACCCACCAGCACCCAAGUGACCUCCACAGAACCCACCAGCACCCAAGGGAGCUCCAUAGAACCCACCACCCAACUGACCCCCACACCAACCAGCAGCACGUCAGGAUCCUCCUCCACUGGAGCCACCUCCACCACUGUCAUCUCCACUGAGGUCACCACCACCUCAGGACCCUCCUCCACAACCUUCACCACCACUGGAGCCACCUCCACCACUGUCACAUCACCUGAGGUCACAACCACAGCAGCACCCACCCCUGCCACAGAAGAGACCUCAACAGCACCCACCAGCACCCAGGAGACCACAGCAUUGACCACCAGCCAAGUGACCUCCUCAGGACCCACCAAACCCACCAGCACCCAAGGGACCUCCACAAAACCCACCAGCACCCAGGAGACCACAGCAUUGACUACCAGCCUAGUGACCUCCACAACACCAAAGACCAGCCAAGAGACCUCCACCGCUGUCUCCUCCACCCAAGAAACCUCCUCAGCCAUCUCCACCACCUCAGGACGCUCUCCCACAACCUUCUCCACUGGAAUCACCUCCACCACUGUCACCUCCAUGUUGGUACCCACGACGUCCACAGAAGAGACCCAAACCACCACCCAAGUGACCUCUACAGGAUCCACCACCCAACUGACCUCCACGGCCAUCCCCACCACCUCUGGACUCUCCACCAUCUUCUCUACAACUGGAGCCACCUCCACCACUGUCACCUCCACUGAGGUCACCUCCAUGUCUGUAUCCACCACAUCAUCCGAAAUGACCACCACAGCACCCACCAGCACCCAGAAGACCACAGCACUGACCACCAGCACCCAGGUGAGCUCCACAGCACCCAGCACCUCAGGAGCCCCCUCCACAACCUUCACCACCACUGGAUCCACCUCCACUGUCCCCUCCACUGAGAUCACCUCCACGUUGAUAUCCACCACUGCAACAGAAGAGACCUCAACAGCACCCACCAGCACCCAACUGACCUCCACAGCACCCACCAGCACCCAACUGACCUCCACAGAACCCACCAGCACCCAACUGACCUCCACAGAACCCACCAGCACCCAAGUGACCUCCAAAGGAGCCACCAGCACCCAACUGAUCUCUAUAUCACCCACUAGCACCCAACUGACCUCCACUACAUCUACCACCCAAUUGACAUUCACAUCACCCACUAGCACCCAACUGAUCUCCACGGAUGUCUCCACCACCUCAGGACCCUCCUCCACAACCUUCUCCUCCACUGGAGCCACCACUGUCACCUCCACUGAGGUCACCUCGAUGUUGGUACCCACGACGUCCACAGAAAAGACCUCAACAGUGACUCAAACCACCAGCCAAGUGACCUCUGCAGGACCCACCAGCACCCAACUGACCUCCACAGCACCCACCAGCACCCAACUGACCUCCACAGAACCCACCAGCACCCAAGUGACCUCCACAGAACCCACCAGCACCCAAGGGAGCUCCAUAGAACCCACCACCCAACUGACCCCCACACCAACCAGCAGCACGUCAGGAUCCUCCUCCACUGGAGCCACCUCCACCACUGUCAUCUCCACUGAGGUCACCACCACCUCAGGACCCUCCUCCACAACCUUCACCACCACUGGAGCCGCCUCCACCACUGUCACAUCACCUGAGGUCACAACCACAGCAGCACCCACCCCUGCCACAGAAGAGACCUCAACAGCACCCACCAGCACCCAGGAGACCACAGCAUUGACCACCAGCCAAAACCCACCAGCACCCAACUGA